AUGCCACACUGGCAUGUCAGCACCUAUGCCCACACCAUGACCAGGGUAGGCACAGAGUACGCAUCAUGGAAGGGAAUACUGGGGAGAAACGGCAUAGGCAAAUGCAACAGCAAUGGCUUUCUGCUGCUGGAAACCUGUUCUACACAUGAGCUUCUCAUCACCAACUCCGUCUUCCGCCUGCCUCACCAGAACAAGAUGUUGUGGAUGCACCCUCACUUAAACCACUGGCAUCUGCUGGACUACGUCAUUGUUAGGCAGAGGGACAGGCAAGAUGUCCAAGUUACCAAAGCCAUGUGUGGAGCAGAGUGUUGGACUGACCACCGGUUGCUGAUCUUCAAACUCAAGAUCAGAAUCCAGCCUCCCAGACGUCCACAAGGGCAAAAGGUCCCAAAGCGACUGAAUGUCUCCAAGCUCAAGAGCGAUCACGUCAAAAAGUCUCUGGAUGAAGAAAUGGAGAGCAGACUGGAUCCCCAAACUUCUUGUACUGGGGACAUCGAGUCAGAGUGGGCUGUCUUUCGAGACACCAUCUAUGCUGCAGCCUCUGAGGUGGUGGGCCCCUACCACUCGCAAGCACCAAGACUGGACACAUGGCUGAGUCAGAAGACAGAUGAGAUCCAAUCCUAUGCCAAGCACAACUUCAUUAAAAACUACAGUAAACUCAAGAGUGUCUAUGGCCCAACUUCGUCAGGAUCGUCCCCUCUCCUUAGAGCUGACGGGGACACACUGAUCACUGACAGAGAGAUCCUUGAGUGCUGGGCAGAGCACUUUGACAGUGUUCUCAACCGCCCAUCUUCCAUUAACGACGAAGUGAUCGAGAUGCUGCCACAGGUUCCUACCAAUCAUCCUCUUGCCGAUGUCCAUACCGAAGACGAGGAAUUCAAAGACGCCUCAGCUGUCCACCUCUACAAACGGAAGGGGAACCGGCAAACAUGCGACAACCACCGUGGCAUCUCACUGCUGUCUAUUGCUGGGAAGAUACUGGCCAGGGUCCUACUGAACCGUCAUGAUUCAACACUUGGAGCAAGGUCUAUUACCGGAAAGCCAGUGCGGGUUCAGCCAGGGCCGCAGCACCGUGGACAUGAUCUUUGCUGCACAUCAGCCUUUACACCACCUUCGGAUUUCCAUGAUGGCAUGCAGGCCUGCGUGCAGGACGAUGGAGACUACUCGGCGCCAUUCCCUGUAAAAAAUGGCGUCAAACAAGGCUGUGUGCUCGCCCCAACUUUGUUCAGUAUGAUAUUCUCUGCGAUGCUGACGGAUGCCUUCCAUGAUGGCGAUAUCGGAGUCGGUAUCAGAUACCGGACCGAUGGAAAACUGUUUAACUUGCGGAGACUGCAGGCCAAGACCAAGGUUCAGGAAGACACACUCCUGCAGCCCCUUACACAGAGCCCACCGUCACGGUCAACGGCCAGAAAGUUUGUCUACCUUGGCAGCACUCUGUCACGAUCCGUUACCAUCGGUGAGGAGGUCGCCUACAGGAUUGCCAGGGCUAAUGCAGCCUUUGGCAGACUCCGAGACAGUAUGGGAGCGAAGAGGGAUCAGCCUGCAGACAAAGCUCAAGGUGUACCAUGA